AUGGGAGACAAAGUGGGAUGUGAUGCAAGUCAGUCAGUCAGUCGAUCAACAGCCAAGCAGCAUGGAGAUAACAACACUGUGAGCUUCCACUGUUUGACUGUCAGUCAGCAUCAAGACAAGAUGGAGUUCACAGGUCUUCUUCUCACGCUCUCUUCUCUUACAGUUUCUCCUAACAGAUCUCAGUUCUUUAAGUAUGAGUCUUUGUCUCUGAGCUGUGAAGAGAACAGAAACUCCUCUGGAUGGAGAGUGAAGGCCAAAACAGAGCGAGGAGUUUCAGAGUGUGGACGUGACUGGGGCUCCCUGCGAGUGUCGUCCUGUAUUCUCAACGAAGCCUACAGCUGGAACAGUGGAGUGUACUGGUGUGAGUCCACAUCGGGGGAGAAAACUCCAGCUGCCAACAUCACUGUCACUGAGAAUAAUGUGAUCCUGGAGAGUCCUGUGUUUCCUGUAUUGGAGGGAGAAUCUGUGACCCUGCGGUGCACCGCUCAAAGCAACUCUUCAAUCCUGCAGCCCAGCAUCUUUAUGAAGGGCAGAUCUGCUGUCGGAGCAGGGAUCACAGGGCAGAUGACCAUCCCUGCAGUGUCCAAGUCUGAUGAAGGCCUCUACAUGUGCAUGAUCACUGAUGUCGGCGCGUCAGCAGAGAGCUGGCUCACUGUCAGAGAACGGACCAAAAAGAGACAGGAAGCAGGUCGACCGUCUGGUGGUUUUACUGGAGGCGUCACAGAAGCAGCAGGUCCCGAUGGUCCUGCAGCUCCCCUCAUGUCUGUCUUCAGACUCAUAUGUCAUCUGGUGGUGGGGAGUCCCUACCUGCUGUCCACUGUCUUACUGGGACUCAUAUAUAGAGACAAGGCUAAAGCUCAGCAAGUUGAAGAGACCCGAAACUGCGAUGAAGUCCAGAUGGAGGAAAUAAUGUGACGUGCAGCAGUGUACCUUAUACUGUGUAUACUGUACCCCAUGGAAACAUGGGCAGAGAAGGUGCUUACAGUAAUGUAAUGCAUGUUAGUCUCAGUUCACAGGACCCAGCUUGUCAGGAGGCCCUUCUGACUCAGAGCCACACUUAUUAUGUUAGGUGUGAACACAUUAAGAGCAUCUUGAAGAUUUAGCUCUCUGUCAGAUAAAUAUAGAAUAGCAAAAAGUCCCACAUCCCAUAAAUAAAGACAAGAGUAAGUUCCCAUGCUCACAUUGUGUCUCAAUUACUUUCUCUUUCUGUCUGUGUUUUUUUACGUCUUACAGAUGUGGUUAUAAUCCACACUGUUAAAGGGAAACACAGUUCUGUUCAUGGUGUGAGAAACAGCAUAAAAAAGUUGUGUGAAG